AAUGCAUUGAUGGCCUUACUUUCUCAGAAAUGGAUAGAGAGAAGGGACUAGAGAGAGAGUAGAGAGACUGACCUGCAAGCUUUGGGAUCAGCAAUGACGAUGAGGUUCAAGAGAGUUUCAGCAGCUUUCGAUGACGUGGCGCGAGCUCGGCUGUGCGACAGCAGCGGGAGCGAUCACUCCGAGGAAGACGACUCGGAGGAGCUGUCCGAUCUGGUGGACUCGUUUCUGGAGAGGGACGUGAUCGAGCUGCAGGUUGGAGAUGAAGACUGGAAGAUGGAGGAGGAAAGAAGCGAUUUCGACUCGGAGAACUGCUGGUCCGAUUCAGUGACGAGGGAAAUGUUGCAGAGCUUGAUCGGUGGAGACGAUGGCAACGACGACGGCGAUGAUGAUGUCAAGCGGAAGAUUCGUGAUGUGCUGGAAGUCAACUGUCAGAGUUUGGAGAACUGUCAGGCGGAAGGGUUCAAGCGGCGACUGAUGACUCUGUUGCGCCGUAGAGGCUUCGAUGCAGGACUCUGCAAAUCUCAAUGGGAGAAAACGGGUCGGUGUCCCGGCGGAGAAUACGAAUACAUAGACGUGGUAGUCGCCGAAUCUCGGUACGUGGUCGAAGUAUUCCUCGCCGGAGAGUUCACAAUCGCCCGGCCGACGAGCUCUUAUCAGACUUUACUCCGGCUGUUUCCUUGUGUCAUGGUGGUAAAGCAAUUCGAGCUCAAGCAGAUGGUGAGGCUAAUGUGCGCGGAGAUGAAGAAGUCAAUGAAGAUCAGAGAUAUGCCGGUGCCACCAUGGAGGAAGAAUGGGUACAUGCAAGCCAAGUGGUUCGGGCCCUAUAAGCGGACAGUGAACGCAAUUCCGACGGGUAAAUCUUCCGACUCCAGUGAAGGGCUUGCAGGAAAGGGGUUGAUAGGUUUACCGGUGGUGUAUAAUUGUAGUGGUGAGUUUGUAAGAAAAGUUGGUUUCAGGAGCGGGAGGAUGGGCCAGGUGUUGAAUGGCAUGGAGUUGUAAAUAAGUUGUUUUUGCAAGAGCUAAUAAGAAAAUUGAGUUGGCCUCGUGAAAAAUGAUCGAGUGUGGGCGUGAUUUUGCGUGUCCUUAGCGGUCGAUCGGUCGACGUCACCUCCUAGUUCUUAUCCAAAUUCUUCACUCUUCAGGGCCAGGGUGACCACGUUUUGAACCGGAUAAGCAUCAGAUGGCUCUAUGUAUAAAAUAUUGUAUUUAUUAGGUUAAAUGGAUAAGAAAGUUAUGCUGGAUUCGGACUUUUAAUUUGUAAGUUACCGAAUGGUCUCCACCUACUGGUUUCGUCUCAA